AUGGUACCCGUGACCCCAGCAUCUCCUGCACCAGUAACAGAACAAGUAGUUCCCAAGCUUGGGUGUAGACCCCCUCCAGACACACUUUUUGCAGUGGAUUUGCGCCAGAGAAACAUAAAACAGAUGAAAGUAACAAUGCAAAAUUCCACUGACCCACAUCCCUCAGUGCUGACGCUGACUUUUGUUGAAAUGGCAGAAAUUAAAUACGUCUACAGCACACUCAUUUUUCUUUGGUUUGUUAUGAUUGUUGUGUCCAACUGUACAGUGAUUGGUACCAUAGUGAUGCACAGGAGUCUGCAUGAGCCCAUGUAUGUCCUCAUUGCUGCUCUCUCUGCUAACGGACUGUAUGGAAGUGCAGCUUUUUUCCUCAAUUUAUUUGUCAAUCUUCUUUCCAAAACCCACACCAUUUCCUACAUUGCCUGUAUAGUCCAGGUGUACGGCCUCCAUACUUACGGAGGGUGUGAGAUGGCCAUCUUGUGGGUUAUGGCCCUUGAUCGUUACGUGUGCAUCUGUAACCCACUGAGAUAUAACAGCAUCAUGUCCUUAUCCACAGUGUACAGACUCAUUGCUAUAGCAUUGGCUUAUGCAGUCCUUCAAUUUACUAUACAGUUGAUACUGACCAUCCAACUUCCAUUGUGCAGCUCCGUUGUACAGAAGUUCUACUGUGACAACUGGUCAGUAGUGAAACUCUCAUGCGCUGAUACAACAGUGAACAAUGUGUAUGGCCUCUUUAUCACCACAGUACUUGGGUUGAUAACCGGAACUAUCCUGAUCUCAUAUCUUCAGAUCUUGAGGUUAUGCAUGCGUUCCUCUACUGACCACAGAUCCAAAGCCUUGCAGACCUGCAUUCCCCAUAUAAUAUCACUCACCUAUUUUGUACUGAGUCAGCUCUCCGAUACACUACUGAAUCGCUAUCCAGCCAACAUUAUGCCAAUUGAACUGAGAGUUCUCAUAUCAGUACAAGCCUUUGUCAUUGCCCCAUUACUAAACCCACUCAUAUAUGGUCUAAAACUAAAGGAAAUACAAGUGAAAGCCAAACAGAUCUUUUGUAAUAGGAACAUUUUUGGAGUGAAUUGA